GUCGAACAUAUUAUACUGCGACUCAAGGAAGGGACUCCAUUCUAGCCUUGUUUUUAUUAUUCUCAGCUAACUGUCAACCAGAAAACCACCUGUUUUAAACUCAAACGCCGCGAUGUCUUCAGACUUUGAAGCCUACGAGCAGGACUUUGGGACCCUUACAGCAGAAGUAACGAACAAAAUUGGCAGAAUUCCCAAACUAAGUGGAGAGGAGAAGACACAGCUGGUUCUAAAUGUCGACAAACAGCUUGAAGAAGUCAGAGAGUUGCUGGAGCAGAUGGAUCUGGAGGUGCGGGAGAUCCCCAUCCAGAGCCGAGCCAUGUACAACAGCAGACUGAAGAGCUACAAGCAGGAGGUGGAGAAGCUUGAGAAAGACUUUAAAAGGUCACGUAUUGCCUACAGUGAUGAGGUGCGCAACGAGCUCCUGGGGGAUGACGCCAGCUCCUCGGAGAACCAGUUGAUAAAGUUACGCGAAGAGAGAGCGCAUCUGUUGGACAACACAGAGAAGCUGGAAAGGUCAUCACGGAGACUGGAAGCCGGCUACCAGAUAGCAGUAGAAACUGAACAAGUGGGUCAGGAGAUUCUUACCAACCUGCACGGUGACCGUGAGAAGAUCCAAAGAGCCAGAGAAAGGCUGAGAGAAACAGACGCCAACCUGGGCAAGAGUUCUCGCAUCCUUACUGGCAUGCUGAGAAGGUAAGAGGCAGGAUCAUCCAGAAUCGUAUCCUGGUCUUCGCCCUCGGAGCCAUCAUCCUUCUCACCAUCAUCCUGGCUAUCUAUUUCAAUGUGCGAGGCCACUGAUCUCCCCUCUACACACAUAAAUGCGCACACACACACUUUCACCCCCCCCCCGACACAAAUACAAACACACACACGUGAUUAAUAGCGACAAAAGCGUUGUUCUGCUGUAAUUAGGACAAAUGGUCCCCAUGAAUCACUGUUUCCAAAGCCUGACAGGGAGCUUUUUUCCAUCUCUUUCUCCUUUCCUGUUUGCUCUUUCUUUCUCUCUUUCUUUCCCCUCUCUGCUUUUUCCCACUUUACACUCCUCUGUCUUUCUUCUUGUUCUUUUUCUCUUCUCAGUUUUGUCCUCUCUCUGUCAGGCUCUCUUUCUAACAUCUCCAGGGAAAAGACUGAGGGGGAGAUGUUUUUAUGAUAGUUCAUAUUUUUCAUGGUGUCGUCCUCAGUGUGGUUUUGCAGCCCAUCCUGUACCCAGGUGAACGAGGCAUGGGGAUUUUUUUUUUUUUUUUUUUGCAACUCAAAGCAGAUACAGAUAUGUAGAUUAUGUUUUGAUGGAGGUGGGUCAAGUGUUAUUCAGGUUGUGUGUGUGCUUGCAUGAGAGACUGUACAAGAGCGGUUCACGCAUGUGCAUGAGUGACAGUCAUGGAUUCGGGGGCCCACACUGUUAGUAGGCACACGUACUGUAGUAUGUAUGAGCUUCUGUAACUAAAUGAUUCAGCUGUUCGCUAGUAGCCCCUACACAGCACAGAGGACAGUGCCUUCAGAUAAGAUAUGCUGUUCAUACUCUUUUAAAACUCAGCAAAGCCCAAAAUAGACAAGUGGCGCUUCCUUGAAAAGAGACGAUGCACAUAAAAAGGUUGAGGUCAGUUCAACUAAAGUUCAGUCAAGGUAAAAGUUGUAUUUUUACCUUACCUUAGAGGAAAUUGUUUAUUUUCGGUCGCUGCAUUCAGGAGAGGAUACAUGAAGAUUUCAAUCAAGUUUGAGAUUGAACAAAUAAAAUAAAAACUUUUUAAUAUGUUUUCAAUACAAAAGGGACCUGACCCCAACCUUGACGUGCAUUACAUAAAUACAAUACAGAGAAAGAUUUCUUCAGACAUUAUAACCCACUUUAAAAAAUCCACAUUUGGUACAAUUCCCCUGCACCUCCCAAACUCAGAUUUCCACAACUCAUUCCUAUGGACUUUUUAACACGGCUAUCAUUGUGGAAAAAUUGUAGAAAUGAAACUGUAUGUACUAAUAUUUAAAUCUACAUCAUGUAUAGUGUUUUGCUCUCAAUACAAGUGAUUCUCUUACUAUUUAUUUAUAAAGGCGUAAAUGAGUUUUCAAUUAAAGUUUCUGUGCUAGAACUGUAUAUUUUAUGAAGUUAUUCAGAAUUAACAUUAGUAACAUGUUGUUUUUUUCUUGAUUUUGGGUGUUCAGUGAUUAUACCAGGACCAACUGAAAUGUGCGGAUUUCAAGUUUUGUGUCUUAAAGGUUGUUUUUUUUCUUCUUCUGUUCUUAUAAAUGGAUCUAACUCGUUUUAGAACUUGUUCUUUUUGUUCUAUAUUUUUCUUGUCAAGUUCUGAAGAUUGUGAUGCAGUCCUUGUUUCUGUGUUUAUCUGUACGCUGGCUGACGAUGUGAUACAUUUGCAGGUGUUUGAAAAAACGUGUGUGUGAGUUUA